GAAUUUUCAGUUGCUCGGUAUUGUGUUCAACUUCAAUUAACCAUGGCUGAGCCAGAGGAAUUGCAAUUCGAAGAUACGUCGCCUGGAAUGGAGAUGAUGGACAGUUAUGGAUUGUUCACUAAAAGUGAAAUAAGAGAUAUAGUAAUAAAAAGAAAAUUGUUUGAAUAUAAGCUUCAGAAAAUUUCUAAGGCAAAGGAAGAUACAGUUAGAUAUAUCACAUUUGAAAUUGAGCUUUUGAUGAAAGUCAAGCUGAAAGCAAAGGAAAAAGGAGUGCAGGAAAAGACAGCUAAUUUUGAGUAUAGUUUGGCGAAUCGCAUAAACAAGUUGUAUUAUUUUGCUUUACGAAAAUUUCCAAGUGAUUGCAAAAUAUGGGUGUCAUUUAUAAAGUUUUGUAAGCAUAUGAAAAUGCAUACCUGUGUCAGUCAGUUAUUUGAUCAGCUGUUGGAUUUACAUGGUGAUAAACCAGUUCUUUUUAAAAUUGCUGCCCAUUGGGAAUUUUAUGAACGCCAUUCCAUUGAACGUGCUCGUAAAUUUAUACUCAAAGGUCUUCAUACUCACAAAGACUCCAAAUUGCUCUUUGCAGAAGCUUUUAGAAUUGAAUUGACACAUACUAAUCAAAAAAUGGAACAAGCGAGAGAGAAUCAUGAAAAAGAAAAGAAUAACACAUUUGUUAAUCCAGCCGCUGAAAGGACUUUACUUGAUGUUAUUUAUACUGCUGCUAUAAACAAAAUAAAUGAUGUUUUAUUUCUUGUGGACCUACUCAACAUAACUCAAGAGUUCAGUUUCACAUCAUCACUUCAGGAUAUGAUAAUAGAAAGAAUAAAAAGCAAAUAUCCUAAUGAAGAAGUGACGUGGGAUACUCUAGCCAGAAGAGAACUUUUGCUAAGUGGUAUUUUACAAGAAAAAAUUGGGAGAUGUAUCUCUGUCUAUGAGGAUGGGAUAAAAAAUGUCCCAACAAGAAAAAUGUGGUCAUAUUAUCUUAGUUAUGUUUUGGAAUUAAAUGAAGACGUUGAUGAUUUACCCAUUUUUAAGAAAAACUGUUUAGAUAAAGCUUUUGAAGCUGGCCACAAAGAAAAAAUGCUGUCAGAAAAACAUUACUUACUCUGGGUCAAAAAAGUUGAAAUUGUAGAUGCUUACAAAGUCUUGCAGUAUGGAACUGAGAGAUUUAGUUCGAGUAAUAAACUUUGGUCCUGGAGAUUGCGCUAUCACCUCAGCAAAUCUGAUGAAAAAGGAGCUAUGGCUGUGUUUAAGGAGAUCAUCUCAAACCCGAAUAUCCCAGAUCAGGCCAGCCUCUGGAUGUUAGUUCUCAGGUGUUACCAAAUGAUUAAUACUGCCAAGGUUGAAAGUUUAUGGAAUGAAGGUGUUAACAAUCCUUCCGUUGGUGCUGUUCUUAAACCUCGUUACAUUGAAUGGCUGGCCAUAUCUAGAGGAAUCCUUGCUGCAAGGAAUGCAUAUUCAACAUUUUCGACAACGCCUCCUUUAUCACUUGACCUCCAUGAGACUAUGGCUAAGCUAGAGGAUUCACAGCCAAAAGUAAGUGGAAAAUACACCAGGCCGAUUUAUGAGAACGCAAUAAAUCAAUAUGGGAAGACGAAUACAGAUGUUUGGUUUUGGUAUUUGAAGUUCGAAGCUAAAUUUGGAGAACCAGAAGGAGUCCUAAAAGUAUUUGAUCAGGCUAUCAAGACUCUUGACCGUAAUUUAUUGAAUGUUUUCAUUUCUGAAUAUCGCCUAAUAGAAACUGAAAUAAUGAAUAAUGGCAGAAUGAAGAACUUCCAAAAUCGUAAGGAAGAAGACAUUUGGAAUGCUCUGGCUAAAAGGGAACUUGAGCUUGACGGUACUUCAGAAGAAAGAAUUGGGAAAUGUAUCUCUGUCUAUGAAGAGGGAUUGAAGAAUGUUCCAACUAAAGAAAUGUGGUUGUUUUACCUAGAUUAUGUUAUGAAAAUAAAUGAAGACUUUUCUACUUCGCAUACUUUUAAAAAAAAUUGUUUAAAGAAUGCUUUUGAAGCUGCGCAUAAAGAAGGCAUGCUUUCAGAACAGCAGUAUUUGCUCUGGGCCACAGAAGUUGAUAAUGCAGACACUUGCGAAGUCCUGCGAUGGGGAACUGAGAAGUUUGGUUCGAGCAACUCACUUUGGACAUUGAGAUUGCAUUUUCACCUCGGCCGAAGUGAAGAAGAAACUAUGGCAGUUUUGAGGGAGAUCAUUUCACACCCGAACAUCCCGGACAAAGCCAGUCUCUGGAUGAUAGCUCUGGAGUAUUACCAGAUGUUUGAUAUUAAGAAGGCUGAAAGUUUGUGGAAUGAAGGUGCCAAUAAUCCUACCGUUGGUGCAGCUCUUAAGGGUCGAUACAUGGAAUGGUUGGCUAUGACCAGCGGGAUCAACGCUGCGAGGAAAGCAUAUUCAGUGCUCUCUAGAACACCUCCUUUUACACUAGAUAUCCAUAUAGCUAUGGCUAAAUUGGAAGAUGCACAACCAAAUAUUAAUGUGAACUGUGCCAGGCAUGUUUAUGAAACAGCUGUAAAUCAAUAUGGAAAAUCAAACACAGAUGUUUGGUUGUGGUAUAUAAAGUUUGAAGCAAAAUUUGGAGAACCAGGACGAGUCUCCAAAAUAUACGACGUGGCUGUGAAGACAUUAAACAGUCAUUUGGUAGAUGCUUUUAUCUCUGAAUAUCUUCUCAAUAAGACUGAAACAAUCCAUAGCAAUAGAGGAAUGAAUUAUGAAUGUCCAGCAGAAGAAGUAACAUGGGAUACCCUGGCCCGAAGAGAACUUGAGCUUAGAGGUACCUUAGAAGAAAGUAUUGGAUCAUCAUCCUAUGAUGAAACAAGCUAUGAAGCUGGAAGUUGAUCUGUUGUCAAAUGUAGGCCUUUGAAUGAAAGACGUAUUACUUUUUAAAUUCCAAACUAUUUUGUAUUUGUACAGGUUUUUACUAUUUAUUUAGUAAUUAUAUUUUUCCUGUAAAUAAAUAUGAAUAUAAUUAUUAUCAAUGUGAUUGAUUAUUUUUUAUUAUGGCUACAAAUAAAAAAAAGUGUAACUCUUUAUAAUUUGAUUAUAUGAUCAUCAUCCCUUCAAGAUUAGUUAUUGUGG